AUGGCGGCGACGCCUGAUAAGAGUCAACCUCGCCGCCAUUUUUGGGGAGACGAUCCAGCUGACGAGGCCGACUACUACGCCGCCCACGGCGUCCACGCCACCAGUUCCUUUUUCACCUCCCCACGCGGCCUUCAACUAUUCACCCGCUCAUGGCAGCCGGAGCCGGCGGCGCGGAGCACCCGGGCAGUGAUGUGCAUGAUCCAUGGCUACGGAAACGACAUUAGCUGGACCUUCCAAUCCACCCCCAUCUUCCUCGCCCAGCACGGUUUCGCCUGCUUCGCCCUCGAUCUCCCCGGCCACGGACGCUCCGACGGCCUCCGCGCCUUCGUCCCCGACGUCGACGCCGCCGCACGCGACUGCCUCGCUUUCUUCCGCUCCAUCCGCCGCUCCCCGGGGAUGCAGGGCCUCCCCUGCUUCCUCUACGGCGAGUCCAUGGGCGGCGCCAUCUGCCUCCUGAUCCACCUCAUCGAGAAGGAGGAGGUGUGGGCCGGCGCCGUGCUGGUAGCCCCCAUGUGCAGGAUCUCCGACAGACUGCGGCCGAAGUGGCCGGUGCCAGAGAUCUUGACCUUCAUGGCGAGGUUCGCCCCCACGCUGCCGAUCGUGCCGACGGCGGACCUAGUGGAAAAAUCGGUUAAGGUGGAGCAGAAGAGGGUGGUGGCGGCGAGCAACCCACGCAGGUACGGGGGGCGGCCGAGGCUGGGCACCGUGGCGGAGCUGAUGAGGGUCACCGACCGCCUCAACGCGCGGCUUUCGGAGGUCACCAUCCCCUUCCUCGUGCUGCACGGGAGCGCCGACGUGGUCACCGACCCCGACGUGAGCCGGGCUCUCUACGACGCGGCCCGUAGCGAGGACAAGACCAUCAAGAUUUACGACGGCAUGCUGCACUCUUUGCUCUUCGGUGAGCCCGACGAGAAUGUCGCUGUGGUUCGCAAGGACAUCCUCAACUGGUUGAAUCAGAGGUCCGGCGCCGGCAAGGACGACGGCGACGGCGAAACCGCUGCUUGACCCGAGUAAGUACCGCGGCCUGCAAAGAGAAGCUCUCUUUGAUUUACAUUAAGCUUGUGAAGCAAUAGCCCUAAAUUUGUAAGCAGCAUUCAAACUGAUAUUUUUCCAAUGGGAUUUGAGAAUUUAGACACACAAGAAUUUCGACAGAUUCAUUAAACGCAAAGGAUUGAAACAGAGAAAUUUUAUCACUCAGUUUACAAGCACUCGAAAGCAAGAAAGCAAAUUAAGUACUGAUAAUUAUCACAUCAGUUGCAAUGCUGAAAAAUAACUGAAGAAUUGGAUAAACAAAUUACUCAGUUUGGAAACUUCUGUACAAUCCAGAUGUAGUAACUUCUUUCGAUGUAGCCUCCGGAGAUAGUUGCUUGACAAGAAAGAGGGCUUUGUUUUCUUACGAUUGAGGC